AUGGACUCUGUACGAAACGAUAACUAUCAAGGCUACACUAUGGCACAGCAACAAACUCAAUUCUACACGGAGGGGGCAGAUGGGUCACAGAGGUCAGAGGUCAGUGAGGUUCCACCUAUGAUCCAGGGGUCCAGACCUUACGUGGACCCCAACGCCACUGGCGAGGUCGACCCCACAGCCUACCCGGAGCCAAAAGACGCCACGCACAAGAUUCGCGGCCGCUCUGAUAUUCUUGACAUGUUCUGCAACAACGUCAACCAAGAGCUGCUUAUCGCCAAGACAUUCUACUUUUUCUUCUUCUCUGCCUUCGGGUGUCUGUUCCCCCUGAUGGCUAUCUACUUCAAACAGAUGGGAAUGAACCCUCUACAAACCGGUAUACUAAUUGGUAUCAGACCAUUCGUGGAGUUUAUUGCUGCUCCUUUCUGGGGCUCCAUCGCUGAUAGGUUCAAGAAGGGGAAGUUGAUGCUGCUGUGCUCGGUGGGGUCGUGGAUCCUCUUCACGCUGGCAAUUGGGUUCAUCCAGCCCCCAGCCACCUCCUGCGUCGUCUACAACGGCACUAACCACAUACUCAAGCACGCCUUCUCAAACCCUGUGAAGGAGAGGAGCUUGGAGCAGGAGGAGUACGUCGUCCCGGAGGAGGCCAUGGAGGAGCCGCCCCUGCACUCCCACCUGGUGGACACUCCCGGGGGUCUUCACCUCCCACAACUCUACCACAAGCGGUCCCUCAAGCAAGCAUCCCUAGAAGAACUUGAUGAAGAAUUCUUGCGGCAGAUGCAAGAGUGGCCGAGCAGCAGCAUGCCUCAGUCUCACUGGAGGAGGAAGAGAGACACCCCUCUACCAGAGGACCACGUCAUAGGCAAAUCUCCCAAUGUCAUCCAUUAUACCGUGAACUUCAAGGACUUCAAGGGUGCAGAAGAGGACUGGUUAUCUCCACCAUUCUCUAGUAUAGUGUAUCGGUCUUCAGACGUGCAGAAGGUGUUCUUCCUGCUGCUCUUGGUGGUCAUCCUGGGAGAGUUCUUCAGCUGCCCGGCCAUCACCCUGGCUGACUCUGCGGUAUUGACGUACCUGGGUGACGAGGCGGAUCACUACGGCCGCCAGCGCAUGUUUGGGUCGCUGGGUUGGGGCCUCUCCAUGUUCUUCGUGGGCAUCGCGCUCGACCACUCGACAGCGUUCCCUGGGCACCCCUGCGGACCACACGAGAAGGAGAGAAACUAUACUAUCUGCUUUGCUGUUUUUAGUGUGCUCAUGGGUUGUGCACUCAUCACAGCCUCGCAGUUUAAGUUUGACUACUCGGAAGCAAUUUCAAGCACCACACCAGAGGAAGCCAAGGAGCCUAUAGAUAAUGGACCUCGCCCCUGGAAUGAGCCCAAAAUUCCUAUGCAGGAGCAGAAGUCCCAACGACAAAAGCUGGACGAAGCUAUUGGCACAAUUAAGACGAAGAUCUUCGCCCAAACAAUGAAGGAGAUGCCACAGUGGUUUGUGGUCUUAAGGGAGUUUAAGAAUCUCCGGUGUGGCGCCUUUCUUUUCGUCGCUUGGUGGAUGGGCUUCGGCAUUGGUCUCAUAUUUGCCUUCCUCUUCUGGCACUUGCAGGACUACGAGGGUACCCCUACAGUGUUCGGUAUUGCCAGCGUCAUCAACCAUAUCUCAGAAAUUUUUGCUUACUUCUUCAGCUUCAGACUCAUCGCACAGAUUGGACACGUAAAGGUCCUGUGUAUGGGACUGCUGGGCAAUGUACUGCGUUUUCUCUACAUUUCUUGGUUGAGAGAUCCAUGGUGGGUCCUGCCAUUUGAGUUUAUUCAAGGAAUAACUCAUGCUGCUGUAUGGGCCGCAUGCUGCUCAUACAUAGCACACAACACCCCACUGCACCUCCGCUCACAAUCACAGGGGGUACUACAGGGCAUCCACCAUGGUUUUGGCAGAGGCUCUGGAGCAAUCAUUGGUGGAAUAUUUGUAAAUUUCUUUGGUACCCCCGUAGUGUUUCGAGCAUAUGGAGUGGUAUCUCUGAUUGUCCUUGCUGCAUUCAUAUUCAUCAACUUCUACCGAAAAGAUGUUGGCUUCCAGCCUGACCUGCCACCAGAGGAGGACCCACACGAGAUGGCCGAGGAAGGAACUGCUCUUGCACCACAUGGCGUCCCAGCUAAUCCUAUGCCCAGGGCAUUAAGCUCUCAGAAGCUGAAUGAGGGCUCUGGUGAAGCAGGAUAUGGCACUUAUAAUGCAACAAAUGGGAUGCUUGAUAUACCAGGUGGAGGAGGUACCAACAACCCAUUCGUCCAGGGUGGUGGUGGGACCACAGGUGGUGGGGGUGGUGGGUACAACUACACUACUCAGCCCACUCCUCCAGUCUUUUCAGACACUAACCCCUUCAGAAACUUCUUCACACCAUCUAGUCCAUUCCCUAGUAAGGACUCGCCGGUCACAUCACCGGACCUCAGCCCGGAUUAUGAAAGCAUAAAAAAUAGGUUCCAGGCUUACAAUGAUCUUCUGAAUGGAAGAAAUGAACUAAAAGAUGAUUCAAAGUCUCUCAAGUCACCUCGACAUACUCCAAAUCUUCAGUCACAAGCACCACAGCCUGUAACUCUUGGUCACAACCCCCAGCCACAAGCCACUGUUAAUGACUAUGACUGGUAGAUCAAAUAGGUGCAAACAGUGCCUCAUGUUAACACUGUACCCGGCUUAAUUAUGAGGUCCCAAAGAAAAUUAUGUAAAAAACACCUAAAACUGUGGCAAAACUAUAAUAAAUAGGUGGAUAUACAUACACCUUUGGUAAUACCAUUUAUGUUAAAGGUAAAUGUAACUACUGUAAUGGAUUUCAGUACUGUUAAUAUUCAGAAUACACUGGCAUGCUAAUAAUAAUUUUAAUGCAGGCGAUGAGUCACAAUAACGUGGCUGAAGUAUGUUGACCAGACCACACACUAG